AUGAUGAUACUCUCAAAAGUAUUAUGACAAACCGAUCCUUUCCACGAAUCAGGAAUGACCUUUUUACAUUGAUCGUACGUCCAUGGCGUGAAAAAGACACUUAUUAUACGAAGAAAACCAGAGAACCCAUCACAACUUAUCGACUUCAAACCGUGGUGUCUAAAAAAUUAGUUAGUAAACUUGCUACAGUAAGGAAUCGAAUCAAACGACGUAUUCGUGAAGCAGCAAGAUAUUCGUUACCGGCUGUCGGAAGAGUUCGACAUGAUUAUCUUUUUUUGGCUGGUUUGAAUGUCUAUAACGCUCCCUGGAAAGAACUUUGUGUGGCAGUUGAAAAAGCGACAGGAAAUCCAAAGUUAUAUAGGGAUGGCUUGGUUCAAAAAGCCAAGGAGCCGGCUCGAGCUGAUGGCUCAAGCCAGCCCAAGUAA